CAAGAGAAAACCUCACUGUGGACCUUUGUUUUCGUUCGGAAAUCUAGCUAUUCAUCUCAAGAGGAUCGUGGUUAGAUUGUGAAAAGAGGCUUCUAAAAGAAAAUCCAGGCCCUUGAACGCUCGAUUAACCAGAAUAAUAUAAUAACUAUAUAUAUUAAAAAGCGUUCCUAAUCCGCAAGUGAACUGUUUAUUUCAGGUUGAAAAUUGUGCAACGCAAGAUGUUAAGAAGACAACAGAAUAGAGCUCCGUUCGUAGCUGCAACUUUUAUUUUGUUCCAUCUUUUGGUGUUUGGUGAAAUUAAAACAAUCAACGCUUUGCCCUUGAAUACGUCGUCCAGUAUAGAGGAGGAGGAAUUACAGUUAUCAUGGGAUAUUUCAACAGAUAAUGUCGCAGCAUACAGUGUGAUACCAAUGCUCGAUCUUGAGUCCCUUAUGGAGGGACCCUCAGCAACAGAAUCAAACCCAUCAAGACGAAAAAGAUCGUUGAAAGUUGAGCGUGUCUUCAAAGCGGUCUCAUCGUCAGACAUCAGGUCACUUCCAUACUACGCGGCUGUUCGUAUUUCUAAUCUUUGCAGUGGAACAUUGAUUAGCGAUAGCCAUGUGCUUACUGCUGCGCACUGUGUGCAUGAUGGGAGAAACUAUAACGUCAAACUUUCAAAACUUAGAGUUGGUAAGUGUUUUACAUCUGCUUUAUUUUAAUAUAUUAAUCAAUGGAUCGCGGCCUGGCCAAAAGUGCGAAGUACGCGUUCUAAAUUAUCAAAUCUAAUUACAUGCAGGAUGCAUUAUUAUACUCAAGCACCAUGACCAUGUAGACACUUCGUGAUUACCGAGUACAAUUCCAUACCGCUGUGCUGCACCUAGUCUUAUGAAUGAAAACCCAUAUAAUCUUCUUAGACUUUAAAACAAGUGCGUUUUGAUUCACAUUUUGUUUUGAUUUGAAAAUGUCGACGAGCUGGUCAAUCUUUACUCUAUAUAAACGGGAUGCUCGGAUAUUCAUUCGAACGAGCCCAUUUAGAGUGAAACCGUAGGCAGUGAAGAUCAGUUGGGAUAAGCCAAGGGCAAGGCCCAAGUGAAGAUUUUUACGUAAUCCAAUCUAUACUACUAAGCGUCUUCCACUAUAUAUGCUUAGCUUUAUCACUUCGACUAAGGGAGGUGUUUUAAUUAAAGGAAAAUUAUAUUACAGUGUGAGGGCUGGUAGUCAUUGGAAUAUAGGUGAUCCGCGAUUGUGAAGAUGACUGGAACAUAGGUGAUCCGUGAUUGUUCAGAAGAUGACUCUCAGUCUUAAUUAAUUCUUAAGACUGGCAUUGCAUAAAUAUAAAAAGCUCCCUUUGUUUUGCUGCUGUAAGCAUACGUAAGCUUCUAAGAACUUGGAUACUACCACUUCUAACUGUACACACCAGAAGUGCACUAAAGGCCACUCCUUAAUGUUUCACUGCUAUACUGCAGGAGGAAUUCGAAAACCGCAGAGAAAAAAUACGGUGUUUGGUAGAGUCAGACUGGAACCACUUUUUCAUGCAUGCGAAAUCAUAAUUAGACAACCACAUAUUGGAGAAAUGGAAUUCGGUCGCAGCAGGGAAAAGAGAGGGAACGCAUGCACAUAACUAAUCAUUGUGCCACCCUAAAUUAUAAACACUUCCUUUUCUUGCCAAAUGCAAGGACAAUUAAUAUUUUGUUUUACCCAUCCAAACCGCGCUCGCCUGCUUGCAAGCUAUAACAACUUAAGUCUUAACCUAGACAGGGACGAGCGGAAUAUUAUUCUUGUACAUAGAUAAGAUAGAUUUAUAUUUUGUACAUAGUCAUAGAUUUAUAAUUUGCUGAAGUACUAACUUUGUCUAUCACACAUGAACUCGUGUUUCGUAUUUGCAUUAUAAAAUAGCAACAUAUACCAAAAUAAAAUCAUACAGUAAUCAGAAUGCAUCUUUAUUCUAAAUUUUUUAGAUUUGCCGACUAAACUCGCAGCUAUACCAAAACCAAGAAACUUUAUUUAGCAUAACACAUAAGGAUUUUUUGUGAUUCCCAAAUAUUAGCAUUCUUCGCAGAUUGUUUUUUUUAAGGAAUUCCGUGAUGCUUUUCGCUAAGUCCGUGAUAGCAACCGAAAUGUUAUCACCAAUUUUCGUCUCGCCACUCGACAAUUCAAUAAUGAAAUCACGAAAGAUUAGCCGAGGCGACAAGAGGACUGCUUGAAUAACAACGUUUUUGAAGUGAGAACAGGACAUCAUACAACACGAUAGAUCAGCAGCUCUCUGUUUCUAUAAAUAGUCAUGUUCUGUGGUUUGGAAUAGGAAGUAUGUAUAAUCCAAGAAUUAGUCAAUUAAAUUCACGCGAGUUUUGGCCAAGUCAGAAAAAUUCAAUAUCUUUUUCCCAUUAUACGAAGUAUGGAUUGGUGACCUUUUUUACGCAAGCGAGUAAAAGUUAAGCUUUUGGCAAUAAUCUGCCUUUCAGUUCAGUCGAAAGGUAUUUCAGUGUAAUCAUCGAAAAAAACAUCCGAGAUUCAGUACAAAGUAACCAGCACUAACCACAAAUUCCAGAACGAUAUAUUCUUAAUUAAGGCAUGGUUCAAUGGAAUACUCGGGAGCAACAGAAGAUCUGAGACAAGCCUCCAAAUCAGUUGGGGGUUGGUUUGUGGGAAAAAGGUUAGAGCUGAGGGACCAGGUUCGAUCUGUGCAAUAUAAACAGUUUUGUGCCCUUGGGUCCUCAGGUUUCCUCCAGCACUGGAUCAAUAUGGACCUAAUUACUAGACCUAUAUACGGAAAACAGACGGAUAGAGCCGUCUAGCAUACAUGAAGUAUAUAAGUUUAGUUUUUCAGCAGAGGCAAAUUUCACAACGAAUGCAUAUAGUAUACCUACAUGGUACAUUUCAUUGUAAUAUUAACAGCUAUAUGGGGUAAUAAAUCUUUCUUUAUGCAGAUUAAACCAAGAUAUUUUAUACUCAAACAAUUCGCGGCAUUGAGUUUUGACUUGUGGUCUUGCUGUGUUGGUCACUUAUGACCAGCUAUUUUCAGCUUUUAUGUUGGUUUUACAAAUUAUCAACCUUUUAGACUUGGUAUUAAAAUCGUGUCAGUAAAUAAUAGAUAUUCAAAUUACUUGAAUAAUUCUGUUUAAAUUAAUCCUUUUCGGAUUCGAACUUCGGUUUUGUGGCAAUCAACGUCUUCUUCAACCUUCGUAUAAUUUACACACAAACUGUAUUUAAUCCUUAUUGUUAUUUGCAUCGAGUCAGAUAUCGUAAAACUGUAGACGGCUUAGCAAUCAAUGUCUUCUUCACUCUUGGUAAUUUACACAAAAACUAUAUUUAAUCUUUGUUAUUAUUUGUAUCGAGUCAGAUAUCGUAAAACUGUAGACGGCUAGCUGUUCUUAAAAGAGGACAGGAAAUAAUAAAUUAUCUUAAUUUCUUCAGUCUUCACUGUAUAAAGGCUGACUUCAGGUAAACUCAAGAAACAACCGAGAUGCAUGGCGUCCAAUGUGACGUGUUCCCUCUCCAUAGUUGAAGAGACUUAGAAGUUAUCGAGUGGAAAUUUAUGUACAGGGGCCGGUUGUUCAAAGCUGCGUUGGCUUAACCCUAGGUUAACCUAAAAUUCAAAGCAAACGUCCUGACAACUUGUCUAUAAAUUUGGAAAUAUUUCUUCAGAGAUCUUGUCUGGAUCGAUAGGAGUUUACUUCUCUGAAGUUUUGAAAUAAACAGACGUCUACAAAUACACAAACUAAAACAGCAGGUUAAAUUUUAACCCAGGGUUAACGCUAACCCACCUUUGAACAACCGGCCCCAGUACAUUUAUUAAUUGACCUAACCAGGAACAGCUGCGAAAAAUGCAACUUCAUAUAAGCCCCUGGCAGGAGUCGAACCUGUGAUUCCGGUGCAGCGCUCUAACCAACUGAGCUACAGAGGCCAGUUGUCGAGCUCUAACCACAAAUUCAUGUAUAUUUACUACGGUACUGCCAUGUUAUAGGUAUAAAUAUCAUGAUUAUGUUGGCAUCUCACUACAGGGACCUAUAUAUAGUUGCAGCUGUUCCUGGUUAGGUCAAAUAAAUGUAUAUAAAUUUCCCCUCGAUAAUUUCCAUCUAUAUACAAGACCUUUCAACUACUAUUCAGUCGAGUGAGAUGCCAACAAAAUUAUGAUAUUUCCCUCUCCAUAUAGCCUCUGGUGGGUUCUAUACCCAUCAAUUAUGCUAGGAAUUUUAUCUAGUAAGAAUAUUUUCGUCACGACCUAACGCUUUUCUGGUCUUUUUAGGGUUACCAAGAGGAGUUGGCAAGUUUUCCUGGAAGAAGGUCUCACAAAUUCACAUUUCUAAAGCUUGGAAGAAAUCCAAAGGUAGCCGAAGAAACAAGGCCUCUCUCGAUGCAGACUACGCGGUGUUGAAACUGAAACAUUCACACGGGCAGAAAUAUUUCAAGCCCCAAGCGAGUAAAGAUCGACUCAAGUCAACUAUCAGGUUCAAUGGCUAUCCAAGAAACAAAGUUGGCGCAUUGUGGCAUUCUUCCUGUCCUGUAGAAAAAGUUGUUCACUACGAAAGAUUAUUCCUAAGUAGAUGCUCUGUAUCAAAAGGCAGCUCUGGAUCUGGUGUCUACGAAUCACUUGGUUUGGGAGAAUAUGGAGUCACGGGUGUAGUAAGCGCGAUUGUCACAGUGCGCAAUGGAAAAUAUGCAUACUCCUAUACUAUUACUAAUAAACUGACAGCUGCUAAAGUUAGAAGAAUAUGUCGUUGGGCGGGGAGAAAUAACUGUUAAAUAUAUUAACAGUGUACAGAUGUAAUGUAAAAUGUAGUGAUGCUAAAUGUUGAAUAAUUUAUUUGCAACUGCAUGAAAAUUUCACUGAAAGGGAAAAUAACAAUAACAAUUAUGCUUGUCCCAGUUGAAACGUUCAGAAUAGUUUAAGAACAUCUUUUAAACCGUUCAAAUGUAGACCUAUUGUGGGGGAAACAUUGUCCACAACUUAAUUUUUAAAAUAUUUGUGAAUCAAAACCUUGCCGUCCGCCAUUUUGUUUUAUAUAUAGAUAUGUCAAACUGCAGAGUAGACAUCACUGAAGUAACUGCUUCUCUUGUGCGAUAUAUUAUUACGUGAAUGCUUCUAUAGCUAAUAGGAAUAGAGAAAAGAAAUCAACCCCAGAAAUAAGCAUUACUACCCAUGUUGUGACGUCACGCAUAUCCAAGAUGGCGGAAUGCUAGAGACAUUAACAUAGCUUAUUUAUUAGUCACAGGACUUGACGAAAUUUUAAUCUUACCCAAAAAUUGUGUGUAUUGUAAUGUAUACUGUACUAAAUAUUAUUUCUAAAAUGUAUCUAGUCGCAAUAGCUCGAUGAGCCUUGUAUACUAUUGGUGCAAAUGUUAUACAAUAAGUUUAAUUUUUAAUAAAUAAAAUUCAAGAAAAG